AUGUCUUACACACAGUAUCUUAGCCAACAUGGCCAUCUCGAUAGCCAGGCCGGGACGAAAAGGAAAAGGGCAAACCAGGAUGCCUCGAUCGAGGAAGAAAUUGCUUGGACGGCAGCACGAUGUAACAGAUUGUUACGGAGCAUCACUUCUCGAUUGAAUACUCUAAGAAGAAUCCAUAAACUUGGACCAAAUCACCUCGAGUCGCAGGCGCCCAGGAGACCCGAGCAGCAAGCAGGCAAAUCGGGCAAGGCGAGUUCGGACCACUGGUCAACGAAGGAUCCUGUCUGGCUACCUGGGGGUCAGAAGAGCCACGGCCAGACUUAUGCCGCAAAGUCAAGACGAGUGAAGCCAAAGCCACAGGCGCGAUCUACUAGCCAUGACUCGGCGUCCUCCGCAUUUCCUACCCCGUUCGUGAAGCGGAUGGGAGCAUUACGAUGCGACAAGGAGAACGCAAACCCAGAUGUUGCCACGUCUCCCACGAAGGUCCAAGCUCGAAUGCGCAAGUCGAUGAAGUUACCAGUGAAGCCCGCCUCGUCUGCACAAGAAGCUGAGCAAGGACUGGAAAGUGCACUCGACAAUCUGCUUCGUCAGACCCAGCAGGAGCACAGACCGGCAGCAUCCGGAACACGGUCUCUGUUUGCUUCCUGCUUGCGACGAGUCCCUGCGUAUAUCAACCUGGACUCUGGACGGUCAGAUGACGAAGGGAGUGAUGAAGACGACGAGUCUGACAUCUAUCAGUACCUCGAGAGCUUAGGUACGAAAGUAGGUGCGGGUUGGUCUGGUCUUCGGGAAGUCGUCUGGAGCCAUGGUGUGCAACUCAUAUCAGAUGCCAUUCGCCAAGGUCUUUUGUCUGAAGACGUCGUACAGCGGCUAUCAAAGACAUGCAGUCCUUACGGUGCGGCGUCGGCAGGCCAGGACUUCUCUGCAUCAUUAGUCUGGCAUCAGAAAUCGAUCAAGAGCUUACAACGACUUGGAAGCUUCUCAAGGCAGCAUGGUCUUGGAAGUUCGAAAUACAGAGCACUUCAAGCUUUCGUUCAAUAUGAACCAGUGAAUCUCGGGAAAUUGUGCGAUCUACCUGGAUUCUGGAACGACUUACUAGGCGCUCUCACAGGCCCUGCUGGAUACGAGGCGUUAAGACUGCUGCAUGCUUGCAUGGAGGCAACGCAGCAAUUGAGCGCUACUGGCCGUGUGAAGCCGAGAAUCACAUCGCAAAUUCGAGGCGCGUUGAUCAAGCUAUCAGUGAUGGCCACAGCAGGUGCCCUUCUACCGCAGCCUGUUCAUGACCGCCUGGCACUCAGCGAGAUCAUGCUUCAACUCGCUGUUGAACAAGUAAUCAGUCCACCGCAAGGCUCUCGUCAGCGAUCCCCAGGAUACUUUAUGGGAUCUCCGGUCUUCUGCGGUCAAGUUCUGUUAGCGCUUGAUCCCGGGGCCAGUGCGGACAUCGGCACUGCUUUGGAAGGAUAUCUCGAGGUUACUUCUCGCGGCAUCUGCCACUCGAGAUUCCAAGAUGAGCUUGUUGACUUCGCCUCGGAAUUUGCUGAGGACCUUGUUGCACUAGGAGCUUUCAUCGACAAUGAUAUUGCCGACAUGUUCUUAAGGCGUGCUUCGGACGUUGUCGAGAGAGGAUGCCCGGCAACAUCUUUGCUUAGACGGGUGUCCACCCAGGUGAUCACAGUGCUCAAACAGUCCAAGGAAGACGUAGAUGAGGUCCUGCUACAACAGUACCUCGGGACGCUGUACCAUCAGCCCGAACAUCGUGCUAUACUCAAAACACCACUGCGCGGAAGCAGACCUAGCCGAUUCCGUUGGGAAGCUGGACUUUGCGAGUGGGUUGCUGCUACACCAUAUCGUUUUGCUAGAGGACGACCACUUGCAGACGAAGCUCUAGAUGCGGCAGAAGGGCCGAGCAGUCGGUAUGCCGAAGAUUCCUAUCCUAGUCCGGAUACUAUGGCAGACUUCUCACCUGAUGUUUUGGCUAUGUCACAACCAGCGAAGAAGCGUGCACGAUGGAAGUCGGUGAGUCCCAUGGAGCUAAGUCCAGUAGCAGAGAAGCCUUUGAAGACUGCGUGGAUUGUCAUUCCAAGGUUGAAGCCAGCGAAGCGACGCACGUCGGGUCGUUUGCUGGCCAGAGAGGAAGCAGAUACUCUUGACGAGCUUUGUAUGUAG